CAGGCUGUGUGUAAACUCGUUCUGGGGUCCUGGUGUUUGUUAGCUAAGUGAGGCGCGGGUACAGUCGGGUGUGUUUGUUCUAAGAGUAAGUUAUUAUUUAUUAUAUAUGUAUAGCUGUAGCUAGUGGACUAUAUCUAUUUGGGUUUAGUUUAGUGUUAUCGGUGCGUGUCUGUGUACCCUCAUUAUUUGACCAGUUGCCCAGAACGGAGUUCAUAUCACAGGUAAAAUCCUCAAAUCUGCAAUCCAGAAGGAAGAAGCCUGAGGGGACUGAUCAACCAUGGCCUCAACAGUUGAUUUCAGAACUCACGUUGAUCAGUCCUGCAGAUACUCAGAGGAAUUUGUCAACAUUUACUAUGACUGCAUGGACAAGAAAAGAAGAAACCUAACAAGGCUCUAUCUGGAUAAAGCUACACUGGUAUGGAACGGCAACGCUUUUUCUGGUCAGGACAGCCUAGGAGAAUUCUUUGAGUCUCUUCCUUCAAGUGAAUUUCAAGUGCAUACCCUUGACUGUCAGCCAGUACACGAACAAGCAACUCAAGGCCAGACGACAUUACUGGUGGUUACAGCAGGCUUGGUCAAGUUCGAUGGAAACAAACAGAGAUAUUUCAACCAGAAUUUCUUAUUAACCGCCCAGCCAUCCCCAAACAGUGACCAGCCCGUCUGGAAGAUUGCCAGCGACUGUUUUCGCUUUCAAGAUUGGGCAAGCUGAUGGAUCUCUUCUCACUGUUCUCUGUGUUUCGUUUGGAGUAAAAGUUCAGGACUUAAUCAAAGGUGGCCACUGAUGGAAGGCCCAAAUAAAGAUUUUCCCUCUU